GGUAUUGGAAUCAAGGACGAUCGUUGCUCAGUAGCAGAAAUAAGCGGGAUUUUGUAGGUCUAAGGAUAUGGAACCUGUAUCACAACAGCGACUUGACGAAUUGAAGGCAAAAAUAGCAUUGCUUGAGGGUGAUCGCAAAGCAUAUUAUGAAAAUUCCGUACAAGCUGUUUCAGAGAAUAAGAAACGAGUGUCAGAUCUUCGUCUUGAAAAUAAUAAACUAAGAAAUAUCCUUCGAGAAAGGCUCUCGGCUGAUCAACAUAUCAUCAAUCAUGUCCUGCACAACCGACAGGCUGAUAGGGUUUGCAUGUCUAAUAAAACUGGGGCAAUGGUAAUCGAACUUUUGGACAAUCGCACGUGUGAUGCAAUGAAAAAGCUUAAUUCUUUGAAGCAUAUGACUGUUCAAAAGGAGAAGAAAAUAGAAGAGAUGAAAUCUCAGUAUAGAGAGAUUACGGAACUUAUUGAGUACGGAAACGCAACCUAUUCAGGAACUAAUAAAGAGGGUAAAAUGUUAAGAAACUUAGAAAACCGACUUGAUAAAGCUCUGCUUAAAUACCACGAAGCAGAACACAUCAGAAAAACCUAUGAACAAAUAAAAGAAAAGCUUCAAGAUGAACAUCUAACAUAUGAACACAGUUUGGACUCUCUUGAAAAGCAAAUAAAAGCCACUCAAGUUGAAGUUUCAGAGCUACAACGAAUGUAUAAUGAUGCCAUUGUGGCCAGGGAUACCGCACAACAGGAGUUGAAGUUUCAAGAAGAACAUACCACAAACGAACGUCGACGUCGAGAAAUAGAACUCGCAAAUAUGAAAAGAAUUGCUGAGGGCAAGAAGCUCGCUGUUGAUAGGAGUGACUACCAACAAGGUAGAGAGUCACUUUCUUCUGCUAACGUACCAAGUGGAAGUGUUCAAGGAGACAGCAUUGGUACUGGAGAACGAAUUUCGGGAACAGGUGGGAUAAGUAUAACUGAAGAACAACAAAUGAAAAUAUCUAAAUAUGAGGAGUCAUUUAAAACUAUUAAAGAAGUCACUGGACUGUCUGAUCUUGAUCAAAUUGUUAAGAGGUUUGAAAGUCAAGGGGAAACUUUACGAAAUCUAAAUGAAUUGAAAGACAAAGCUGAAGAACAAUGUCAAAAACUUCGUAAACAAAGGGAUCAACUACAGCAAGAGUUUGAAGAACUUAAGUAUUCCGGAGAAACGGAAAUAGAAAGCACUAAUCAAGUAAUAAAACAACAUCAGAAUGAAGCACAAAUAGAAAGUGAACGUCGUAUAAAAUGUUAUCAAAAUCUAGAAAAUGCUAAUCAUCUUUUAAUUCAAUGUAAAACUGGAGUUGAUCAUAUUUAUGAUAAAUUAUCUUUUUUAAAUAUGCACAUAACAAAAGGUAUUGAACAUUUUCAUAAAGAUGGUGAAGAAAAAGACGAAGAAUUAGUUGUAGAUGAACAAAAUAUUAUCGAUAAUAGUGAUAUACCAGAAAUUUUAAAAAUAUGUAAUAAUAAAUUAGAUGAACUUAUGAGUAGUUUAAAUGAUGUUAAUAUUGAAGAGCAACUUAAUUUAAUAGAACAAGAAGAAUUUUACACAAAGCUUGAUAGUAAAUUACCCGAGAAUAAUAUAAGAAUACAAUUUCCAAAAGUAAAGAAUGAAGGUAAUCCUGAUGAUGAUGAUGGUGGAGCCGAUGAUAAUGAAGUGUUAACUAGAGCUGCUUUGAAGAAACAAGCUCAGCAAAUGGUUGAAAUGAGGAAUAAGAAGAGGCAAACUAGAAAGAAGAAAAGAAGAGUUCGAUAAAAUAAAAAUGAUGAUGUUAUUAUCGAACUGUAUGCAAACAUACUGUUUUUAUUCUUAUACACAAGCAUGCAUUCAGUCAAACUAGAGUGAAUAAGAUAUAGAUGACUUUAUUUCCGUAUGAAAAGCACCACUGUUUAUACACUAGUCAUAGGCAAUGUGAACCGACUUUUUAAAAUGAUAGGACACUGAGUCGAUGAGCAUUUGCUUCUUGAAAAGAAAAAAAGAAGAUCAAACAUGAAAUGUCACUUUUCUUCCUCUUAACUUUCAUUCCUUUUUCAUAAAAUAUAUCGCUUUUAUAUCCUA